AUGUCGCCUAUGCCGCAGAUGGAUAUCAAGCAACCGCCUCACCCGUCCCGCGCCUCAGCUGCAGGACAUGCCGAAAGCCAGGGUGACCAGUAUUACAGCCAGGAUGAAGACGAUAGUGCAGCAGAUAAUGGCGAUAGGCCCCGCAAAAGGCAGCGGAGGCCGAUGUCAGUCUCGUGUGAGCUUUGCAAGCAAAGAAAGGUGAAAUGUGAUCGCGGGCAGCCCUCGUGCGGAUGGUGCAGCCGUAAUGGGGCUACCUGUGAAUACAAGGAGCGCAAGAAACCAGGGUUAAGGGCUGGUUAUGGCCGUGAGUUGGAACAGAGAUUGGACAGGCUGGAAGAAAUCCUACGAUCCCAUGCUCAAAUUCUUGAAUCUUCGUUUGGCAACAACAGCCAGAGCCUUCCCAGCGACCACGAGACACCACAGAGUGUGCCGACCUUCAGGCAGAAUGAUGGUCGCCAUGUGCCUCGCGCAGAGACCGCUCUGUUCCUCCAAAAGCCAUCCACCUUCCCGUCAGUUAAUCAGUCAAUGGACUUCUCGAAUCAAAUAUCUCAGCCCUCAUCCUUGCCGCCAAUUAAUGGAGGAGACGUUUUCCAUAACCAGGGACUGCAGCAAUCAAACCACAACCACAAUCAUAACCACCUUCACCCAGUACAAACUGGUCAGGCCCCCGAAUUUUACAGCACAACGCAACCGCCUCUUCAAUCGCCUACCCUCAACAUUACCCAAACUCAGACUGAAUUGUCUACGGACAAUGCGCUCCCCCCCUACGAUCUUCUAUAUGCCCUGGUAGACCUCUACUUCAAACACAUCAACACCUGGUGUCCAAUCCUGCAUCGGAGGACCACACUAGAUUCGCUCUUUGGGCCAUCAACUCUAGAUGAAGCUGAUCGGAUACUUCUACACGCUAUUGUGGCUACCACUCUCCGAUUCUCAACCGACCAGAGGUUAACCGAAGAGAGAAGGCGACACUACCAUGACAUUUCGAAGCAAAAGGUUCUCCUAUAUGGGCUCGAGAAUUCUUCGGUCAAGGCAUUGCAAGCGCUUGUAAUUCUGGCUCUCGAUCUUGUGGGAAGCAGUAAUGGCCCUCCUGGGUGGAAUCUCUUAGCUUUAAUCACAAGAUCUGUAGUCCAAUUGGGGCUCGCUGUCGAGACGACCUCUUUCUCAGUCGCACCUAGUUACACCUCCAUAUACACUCUCCGAGCUAUGGUCUUACCGGAACCAGAUAACUUCAUCGAAGAGGAAUCCCGGAGGCGUCUGUUCUGGAUGGUCUACCUGCUUGAUCGAUAUGCAACUAUUGCUACUGCCUUCGAAUUUGCUUUGGACGAGAAGGAAAUUGACCGCACAUUACCUUGUCGUGAUGAUCUCUGGAAUAAGAACCAAGCGGUCCAAACCAGAUGGUUCCGUACAGCCGAACGGACAGAGUAUGACAUUGACAAGCCAGAAAACCUAGGUGCUUUCUCUUAUUACAUUGAGAUUCUGGGUAUCCUGUCAAGGAUUCAUCAGUUCCUCAAAAAGCCUGUCGAUAUUAGCGCUCUCCCAGAUGUGGAACGAUGGCAAGGAGAAUACCGAGAGCUCGAUAACAUGCUCGCGUCAUGGAAGUUCAAUCUUCCUGGGGACUAUGGGAAUAUGGCAAAACUCUUCCAACCAGGAGGGAACAAGUCUAUCAACUGUGGUUGGGUGAUGCUGCAUGCCACAUAUCACACUGCCGUCAUUCGGCUUCACUCGUCUGCGGCGUACCCAACAACUCGGUCCCCUAUAUUUACGCCAUCGUAUAGUGCUAGUCAGCGGUGUCACGGUGCCGUUGAGAAUAUUGCUGCUCUGGGCGAAUACGUAGUGCAGAAUGGCAUGCUUCCAAAACUUGGUCCGCCGUUCGCAUUUACCCUUUGGGUCGCCGCUCGGUUGCUGCUAGUCCAUGGCUCAACUAUUGAGCACAAACUCAGCCCAGAGAUCCAGUUCUUUGUCGACACCCUCCGGGAGAUGGGUCGAUACUGGCUUGUGGCUGAGCGGUAUACGACAAUACUCCAGCGUGUGCUUGACGAACACCGGGAAUCUGAACGGGCUGCCGAAGCCAACGGCGAACUGGUCACUCCGUCCUCAGUCACGAUUUUGGCAGAUAUGAGACGGUGCGCAUUCGACCUGGAUUUCCUGAUAUCGAGGCAGCCGAAGCACGUCGGCAUCGUGUCCCGUAUGCCGAGUGUAACGCCUUCUAGAACACCUAACCCUAACGAACUGGAGUACCUGGAUGUUUUCGAUUUCUUCAACGUGCCAAGACUGCCGGUGGCGCCAGGUGGUGAAAUGGGUCAAAUAUCUGGAAAUGGUGUUGGGAAUAUGCAAAUGCCUGAAGUAUCGAACGGAUCCAAUGAUAUCAACAUCACAAACUUCAUGGUCGAUGCGAACUCGGAUUGGCUUUUCAAAAACCAAAGUUGA